CCCAAAUUUGAUGACACAUUUGAAGUGUACCAGAUAAUAUUGAAGUUGUAUCUGGAGCAACGAAAUUCAUAUGAAGUAGUGACUGGAGCCGAGAUUCGUGAUCCAAUGAACCCUGUGCUGCAGCGCCAUUUCAAUGAUCGAAAUCGGCUGGCUAUGGAGGCAAUCAUCCGAGGUGUCAUGGGUGCUGACGCGCAAAACAUGUGCAUUUUCGGAACAGCAAAGGAGAUGUGGGAUACACUGAUUGCUGAGAAGACUCAAUGUGACUUCUCGUAUUCCGUGCAGCUGAAGCGUGAAAUGUACACGCAUUCGUACACCCCCGGACAGAAGAUGGCAGACUACAUUCAAGAGAUGAACACCGCAGGCCAACAAGGGCCGACUAGCUACGCUGUUGUUGUGUUUGUAGCUAGGGUGCCACAUCUGACGAUUUUGUGCGUGCUACUACACCACAUGACUCUUUUUGACUUCUCCUAUCGGCAAGGUCGUCCGCCGACCUUGCAGCAAGUGAUGAACGCGCUGUUAUCCCGCGACGAGAUGGAGAAGAUGGCC